CUAAAUGAAUUGAAGGUUAUAUUGCUCGUAUACGUAAACAACGAAAUAAAUCAUGAAAAAUAAAACUUAUUUGUUGCUGUAAUGUGCGUAUAGGGAGUUGGGAACUCGAACACUAUUUGGUUUGCUCUAAUUAAGUUUAAUUAAAACGACAAUUUAUUCGAGGUUGUGCAAAGUAAAGAAGAAUUCUGAAUAUCUCACUUAUACUCUCCAAGGCUGACAAUAUAGUGAUGACCUCUACAGUAGUAAGCGGACGCAACCUGUUGCAGCCGUCUGGAUUACAGUGUAAGGACCUGCACGAGUAUCUCAAGUCAAGGUCACCAGAGAUGCUAAAUCGGCUUUAUGGAAAUCCACCGAUAUGUUUAGCUGUGUAUCGCGAGCUCCCCGAGAUAGCGCGACACUAUGUGAUGCGGUUGUUGUUUGUCGAGCAGCCGGUUCCCCAAGCUGUGAUAGCUUCUUGGUGCUCAAAGCUUCAUGUCGACGAUCACCUGGCCGUCGUUCAAGCCCUUAAUGAGCUUAGCAUUUGGAAGGAGGCUGCUAUCCCUGGUGGUCUGCCUGGAUGGACCCUUAACCAUUCUCUCCGUAAAAACCUCAAGAUCGUUCUACUAGGAGGUGGCGCGCCGUGGACCAUGUCCAGCCAACUCGAAACAGACAGUAAGCCCCGGGACGUCGCCUUUCUUGACUCAUAUGCCCUCGAGAGGUGGGAGUGUGUCUUGCACUACAUGGUUGGCUCUCAGCAGCAGGAAGGCAUAUCUGCUGACGCUGUCAGGAUAUUGCUGCAUGCUGGUCUCAUGAAACGUGAUGAGGAUGAUGGCAGUCCCAUCAUUACGCAAGCCGGCUUUCAAUUUUUACUGCUAGAUACUUCAGCUCAGGUUUGGUACUUUAUUCUGCAAUAUCUUGAUACUGUGGAAGCUAGGGGCUUAGACUUGGUCGACUGCCUGACUUUCCUUUUUCAACUGAACUUUUCUACUCUUGGCAAGGAUUACAGCACACGAGGCAUGUCAGACGGCCUUCUGACGUUUUUGCAGCACUUGAGAGAAUUUGGUCUUGUUUACCAACGCAAAAGAAAAGCGGGACGAUUUUAUCCCACUCGCCUGGCAUUGAAUAUUGCAACUGGUCAGAAUAAACCACUUUCACAAGAUUUGGAAAAAGAACGUUAUGUCAUUGUUGAAACAAAUUACAGGGUGUAUGCCUAUACGAAUUCAAACUUACAAGUGGCAUUGAUUGGUUUAUUUUGUGACCUACUUUAUAGAUUUCCGAAUCUUGUAGUAGCAGUAUUAACUAGAGAGUCCAUUCGACGGGCCCUUAAAAGUGGUAUUACUGCUUCUCAAAUUGUUGGAUAUUUGAAUCAACAUGCACACAAUAAAAUGAUUGAGGCUGGGCCUCCACCUCUUCCCCCAACAGUUGUGGAUCAAAUCAAGCUUUGGGAAAAUGAAAGAAACCGAUUCAUAUUUAACGAAGGCGUUUUGUACAGUCAAUUUCACUCUCAAACAGACUUUGAAGUUCUUAGAGAUCAUGCAUUAUCUUUGGGUGUUUUAAUUUGGCAAAGUGAAAGAAAACGAACGAUGGUUGUGACAAAGGCUGGCCAUGACGACGUGAAAAAGUUUUGGAAACGAUACAACAAAGGAGCUAAUUAAGUCAUUCAUGUAAAUACGUAUUUUUUGUGUAAAUAUGCUUUGUACAAGCUAAUGUAGCUAAUUACAUUUUGUAGGU